CAUAACUUUAUCUAAAAUUAACUUAAAGUAAAAAAAAAAAUAAAAAAUGAAAAAGAAAAAGACAAGCCAACAAGCAUUGACCUGUUACGCGACAACUACUUUCAAAGUCUUUCACUUUAAGCAUUCUCCAAGAUCCAAAGUUUCACUAAAUCGAAGUUCCCAGAAAUCUUUGCGAGAACUUAAACAGGCACACCCAAAAUUUCAGGAAGUGGGUAGCUGAGAAAUAUUGAAAAAAGUGAGAUUGGGAACCAUGAAGAGUUUAUAUCUGGUUGUUGUUGUUGUUUGGGUAAUGUAUGAGAUGUUUAUCCUAGGGUUUGCAAAUUAUGUCCCAAAAGUGGAGUUUGAGUUUAAAAAGGAAUCUUCGGCGGAAGUGGAGUACAAGUAUGAAAGAAUUGGUGAGGUAAAGAAACAUUGUAAACCAGUUUUAUCAUCUGCUUCUGAAUUCAAAGCUGAAGAUAAUAGGAUAGCUGACAUAAAAGAAGAGCUCAAUUUCGGGUAUGGGGAUUGGUGGCAGGAUGCAGGUGAUGCUCCCAUUAUGCCAUUUGAUGAUAGGGAUGUCCCUAAGAACUUUUCAAAGGAUCCUUCGAACAUAUCAUCUUUCUGGAUCACAGAUGUUGAUCACGCUCAUCAGACUAAGAAGUGUGUAAGUGUCAGUGGGAUUCUGAUGUUGGGCAUAACACUAGAUACUUCAUUUGCAGAGAGGCCGUAUGAGGGCAGUCCUCGAUUUCAGAUAUGGCCUAGUCAUACUCAGCUUGCAAUUUCAUUUGAAGGGAUUUACACUGAAACCAAACAGAAUGGUGGGGAAAGAGUGCUGUGUUUGUUGGGGAAUGCAAUGUUGCCAUCUCGGGAGUCUGACUCAAACAAUCCAUGGGAAUGGUUGAAGGGCUCUGAUCUAAAUUACAACCAAGCACCUCUUUUGCAAGAUGAUCAGAUAUUGCUUGUUCUUCAUUACCCAUUGACACAUAAAUUGACUGAUAGGGUGAUACGAGGGGAGUUGAAAAGUUUAAAUCCAAAAUCAAAUGCUAAGUACUUUGAUCAAGUUCAUGUUUUGGCCCAGAUGCUCAAGUCGACAAAAUAUGAGUUUGGCUCUGAGAAGAUUGUAUCCAAGGCUUGUGAUCCUUAUCCAUAUCGAGAUAACUUGAUGAAUUCUGGCAUUGAUGUCUACAAAGGAGAUAGCUUCUGUGCCAUUCUUGAGCAAGUUACUAAUAGUGGAGCUUUCACUGUUGUGCCAAACUGGAAAUGCAAUGGCAUGGAUGAUUACUGUAGCAAGCUGGGUCCUUUUGUGUCAGAUAAAGAGAUUAAAGCCACAAAUGGCGCCUUCAAGGAUGUCAUACUUUACAUGCAGGAUGUAAGGUGCAAGACAAUGAAUGGGCAUCGAAAUGCUAGUGCGGCAAGAGUUGCUGCAGUUUUUUGGGCUGUUCCUGCAUCAGAGGAUCAGUAUAGAGUGAGACAGAGAUCUGGGCUUAGCAACAUGACUCUAGCUGCUGAAGGAAUCUGGAAUUCUUCUAGUGGGCAGCUUUGCAUGGUUGGUUGUCUUGGCAUAGUAGAUGUAGAAGGGAGUAGUUGUAACUCUCGUAUCUGUUUGUAUAUUCCUGUCUCAUUCUCAAUAAAGCAGCGAAGCAUAAUUGUUGGGAGUAUUUCAAGUAUUGAUAAAAGUAAUAAGGAGUACUUUCCUUUAUCAUUUGAAAGGCUAGUUAGGCCCUCAGAGUUGUGGAAUUACUUCAGAGUGUCACGUCCCUAUUAUAGUUACUCAAAAAUCCAAGCAGCUGGUGCAAUCCUAGAAAAAAAUGAGCCUUUCAGUUUUGGAACUCUAGUUAAGAAAUCCUUGCUGCAAUUUCCUAAACUAGAAGACACAGAUGACUUUUUAUCCAGGUUUGAUCUCCUUGCAGAAGAUCUGACUCUUCAAAUCUCUGCAGUUCCUGAUCCAUUUCCAAAUUCUCAUCCCCCAAGAGUUGAUAUUCAGAUGGAUAUUUUCUCACUUGGUCCAUUGUUUGGGCGCUAUUGGUAUUCAAGAAAUAUAAGCACCAGAGAAGAAGAGACACCUUACCACACUAAAGCUGAAUACACCGAAAAACAGCUCCUUUUGAAUGUAUCAGCUCAACUAACAAUUAUCGGAAAAGAUUAUAGCAAUUUUUCUGUUGUUUUUCUGGAGGGUCUUUAUGAUCCACAUUUUGGUCGGAUGUAUCUUGUUGGCUGCAGGGAUGUCCGAGCCUCAUGGAAGAUCUUAUUUCAGAGCAUGGAUCUUGAGUCAGGGUUGGAUUGCUUGACAGAAGUCAUAGUGUCUUACCCGCCCACUACAGCUCGGUGGUUGGUCAACCCAACUGCAAGAAUUUCCAUAGCCAGCCAGAGAAAUGAAGAUGAUCCACUAUAUUUUGGAAUGGUUAAGCUUCAAACUCUUCCAAUUAUGUACAGGAAGCAGAGGGAAGAUAUUCUCUCUCGCCGGGGUGUUGAGGGAAUCCUCCGUAUUUUGACUCUUUCUUUAGCAAUUGCUUGCAUUUCAAGUCAACUGUUUUACCUCAAACAGAAUGCUGAUUCCUCUCCUUUUAUUUCUCUUGUCAUGCUGGGUGUCCAAGCCUUUGGGUAUGGUCUUCCUCUAAUUACUGGUGCCGAAGCUUUCUUCAAGAGAGAGGCUUCUGAUUCUUAUGAAAUGCAAUCUUAUGAUCUUGAGAAGAGUCAGUGGUUGAAUUUGAUUGAUUACAUGGUGAAGCUUCUUGUGCUGGUUAUGUUCCUUCUGACUCUGAGGCUUUGUCAAAAGGUGUGGAAAUCUCGGAUCAGAUUACUUUCACGAACCCCACUCGAAUCACAUCGUGUCCCAAGUGACAAGCGGGUACUUAUUGCAACCCUUGUCGUACAUGUCAUUGGAUACGUAGUUGUUCUGAUCAUUCAUACUGUAAAAACUAGUCAGAUACCACUUCGAACAGAUAGGUUUAUAGAUUCAAGGGGUCAGACCAAAACGCUACGGGAAUGGGAAAUUGAACUAGGGGAGUAUAUUGGCCUUAUUCAAGAUUUCUUCUUGCUCCCUCAAGUCAUUGGUAAUUUUAUCUGGCAAAUCGAUUGUAAACCUCUCAGGAAACUGUAUUUUAUUGGGAUUACAGUGGUCAGACUUCUCCCUCAUUUCUAUGACUAUAUACGAGCCCCAGUUCCCAAUCCUUACUUCGCAGAGGCGUAUGAGUUUGUGAAUCCAACUUUGGACUUCUACUCUAAUAUUGGGGAUGUUGCCAUUCCCAUCACUGCAGUUUUCCUUGCAGCUGCUGUCUAUUGUCAGCAAAGGUGGAAUUAUGAGCAGCUUAGCCAGAUUCUUGGCUUCAGGCAAUGUAGGCUUCUUCCUGCAGGAUCAAGAGUUUAUGAGAGGUUGCCUUCCCUGUCAUUUGAAGCAGAGCUUGCCUCUGAUGUUAAUGGGAAUACAUCACGUAAGCUACAGCACGAUGAUGAAGAAUAGUUCAAUUCCUUCUCAGCAUUACUGACAGAAGAGAUGUUUGUAAAACAUAUGUGAAAGUAGGUGAUAUUUUCAUGUUUGUUUUCCAAGUAUAACACGAUGGCCUCUAAAAACUGCAAUUAAAAGCUUUGGUUUGUCCUGCAUGUUUUCCCAUAAAUAGAGAACAAAAACAACUUCAGGUUGGUUUUAUCUUAGUUUAA